CAAAAAAGAUUAUUAUUUUCCCUUUGCCGUAUAGUCUAGUCAUCAUCCUGGAUCCUCUAAAAGAAUAAGAAAAGAAAAGCGACUGAGUCAUCCACUUAUUCAUUCAUAAAGUGUUCAUAAACAAGUUGGCGAGUUAUCAUGACCAUCCAACAGCAGCUCAUUUUGGCUCCAGACGAACAUGGACGAAAUUAAAAGAUCGCUGUUAUUGGCCAAAGAUGCGUGAAGAAGUUGAAAGUUAUAUUGGAUCAUGCGAGAAAUGUGCCAAGUUCAAUAUCAAACGAACAAAGCCACCCGGCAAACUCAAUUCGAUCAUGCCACCAGAAGGAUCGAUGGAAUUGAUUGGGAUGGAUUUUUGGGGACCAACCAGACAAGAAUCAGCAAAUGGCAAUAAAUACGUACUGGUCAUAACCGAUUAUCUGACAAAAUUCGUGGUUGCGAAGGCGUUACCCAACAACACGACCCAAACAGCUGCUCAAGUAUUUGUUGAAGAAUUCAUAUUUAAAUUUGGUGUGCCAAAUCGGCUUAUUACCGAUUAA